AUGACCGAAGCAAUUGAUACUCUAAUUAAUGCCACUUUUUUACGUCGUUUUUCUAUACCUUAUGAACAAGUGAAAGAUCAACGCUGUCAACAAGCGACCAUUGCAGUACAUCCUCAUUUAGGAUGGUAUAAAUCAAGUGCUGACCGUAAAACAUUCCCUUUUGUAAAUAUAAAGAAUCUUAUUGAACCGGAUAUCAAAACAGAAGAUGCUAUUUUGUACAAGAUGAUGACAAAUUACGAGGAUAUAUUUUAUUGCCGUCGUACACCUGAAAAUGAGUCAAUUCGUCUGUUGUACUGUUCGCAUGCAUUAAAUCAUUCGCUUAGGUGUCGAAUGCUUGUAUCAAAGAAUAAUGAAAAAGAAAAACAAUUUGGUGCAUCUGACUCCCUUCGAGACCAAGGAUUUCACCGGGCACGUACUCUUAUUUUAGCACCAACUAAAGAAGCUGCCAGGCGAAUAGUUCAUACAUUUCUUCAUCUCAUGCCUAAAGGCUCUACAGUUAGUCAUCGGCGUCGUUUUGAACGAGAUUUCGGUCCACAACCUGGAGACACAGACAAAGAGAAGAAAAAGGGGAGAAAGCCUAAAGAUUAUGAAGAAUGGUUCAGUGGUAAUAGCAGUGACAAUUUUCGUAUUGGUAUGGCGUUUUCUAAAAAAUCUGUCAAGUUAUAUUCUGCAUUUCGUGAUUCCGAUUUAAUCAUAGCUUCUCCUUUGGGAAUUAAAGCUGUUAUCGAUGAUGAUGGAGAGAAAGAAGCCGAUGUUCAACAUAUUAUAGCAUCCAUAGAAUUGUUGAUUAUUGAUCAAGCUGAAAUGUUAUUAAUGCAAAAUUGGGCAACUGUACAACAAGUUGUCUCUUUACUCAAUCAACGUCCAACUGUUCCUGUGUUUGCAUCAGCUGCACGUAUUCGACUGUGUUAUUUAGCUGGAUAUGGUAGACGUUAUCGUCAAACUCUGUUAUUCUCAGCUGUAUCGAAUUUUUUGAUUACAUUAUUAUCAAGUGAAUGUGAAAAUUUUCAAGGCAUGAAUUAUAUACCACCAUUAUCACAAUAUCCUGAUUUAUAUCCAACCUAUCUACCCGAUUGGAUACGUAUUCCUGCAUUGAAAGCACCUAUUCCAACUGGAAAAAAACGUAAACAUUCAGAUAUGAAUGGUAUAAAAGCACAAGAAGAAGCAGAAAAAGAAAAAGAAGAAGACAAGUCAUCAACAAAUUAUAAUUUCAAAUUACAUUUAAUUUCAUUUGUAGUUCCUGGACAAAUCUCUAUUAAAUCAUCCUGUACAAAAUUAGUCAAUAAAAAUCAUCAAUCCGAUUCAGAUGAUGAGGUAGACAUAUCAUCGCCUGCAAAGACAACUGAUAAUUCUCAUCGCUAUUAUUCGAAUUCCUUAAAAGUAGAUUCUUCAACAAAUUCCUUAUUAUUGUCUGAUAAAACACUUGGAUUCACUGAUUAUACAUAUUUAUCUGGACGUAAUAUUUCUAUAGCCCGAUUAAAUACCUUUAAACAAAGGAUAUUGCCUAGGCUACGUCGAGGUUCAGAUCCACGUGUUCUUAUAUAUGUGCCAGAUUUUUAUGAUCUUGAAGAAUUGCGCCAAGUUUUACUUGAUGAAUCAUUGGAUUUUUGUUGUAUUAAUGAAUAUACAGACGACUCAGAAGCUGAACGAUUUCGUACUUUGUUUGGUGAUGGUCGUAUUCGUAUAUUGUUAAUAACUGAACGUUAUUAUUUCUUUCGAAGGCGAAAAAUUCGUGGGCCUCAAACAUUUAUUUUUUAUGGUCCACCAACAUUUCCAUGGUUUGCCAAGGAAUUGUACGAUUUCCGAUAUUCAGAAAGCAAAAUACAAUACAACAUGACCAUACUCUAUUGUCACCCAAUAGAAACCCAUACAGUAGCAAUGAUAACUGGUUCAGUAGAGUUUUAA